AUGGUUGGUUCUUUUGCUGGUUUUGUUCAAUCAUUUAUAGCAUGCCCUGUCGAUUUAAUUAAAAUUCAAAUGCAGAUGGAAGGCGCUGGUUACCAUAAAUUAUCGAAAGGAAGAGGCAAUAUUUAUUUUGCAAAACAAAUUUUCAAAGAAAGAGGAUUCUAUCAAGGUUUAACCCCAACUUUAUUAAGAGAUGUACCUGCCACCCAUCAUUUCGAUAUUUCUAAAACUUUAAUCCAAACUGAUAGAAUUGGUCAUUAUAAAGGUGUUUUUGAUUGUUUAAAAAAAAUUGUGCAUAGAGACGGCGUUAAAGGUCUAUUUAAAGGCUUCGGGCCUGUAGCAGUAAAAUCUUUCCAAUUAAAUGCUGUUGGUUUCUUUGUGAAUUAG